AGCCUUCGCAGCCGUCUGCUUCCCCGGAGGAGCCGUCGGGGGCCGCGUCGUCAGUGGGCAGCAGCCGCCUGCCGCUCAGUGCCUCUCUUGCCUUCUCCGACCUCACCGAGGAGAUGCUGGACUGCGGGCCCAGCAGCUUCGUGCGGGAACUGGAGGAGCUGCGCUCUGAGAACGACUAUCUCAAGGAUGAGAUUGAGGAGCUUCGGGCUGAGAUGCUAGAGAUGCGGGAUGUCUACAUGGAGGAGGAUGUGUACCAGCUGCAGGAGCUGCGGCAGCAGCUGGACCAGGCCAGCAAGACCUGCCGCAUUCUGCAGUACCGGCUGCGCAAAGCCGAGCGCCGCAGCCUCCGUGCUGCCCAGACUGGCCAGGUGGAUGGUGAGCUCAUCCGAGGUCUGGAGCAGGAUGUCAAGGUCUCCAAGGACAUUUCCAUGCGACUGCACAAGGAGCUCGAGGUAGUGGAGAAGAAGCGGGUGCGGCUGGAGGAGGAGAACGAGGAGCUUCGGCAGCGGCUCAUCGAGACCGAGCUGGCCAAGCAAGUGCUACAGACAGAGCUAGACCGGCCGAGAGAGCAUUCCUUGAAGAAAAGAGGAACCCGUUCCCUGGGGAAAACAGACAAGAAGCCUUCUUCUGCACAGGAGGACAGCGCAGACCUGAAGUGCCAGCUGCACUUUGCAAAGGAGGAGUCAGCUCUCAUGUGCAAGAAGCUCACCAAGUUGGCCAAGGAAAACGACAGCAUGAAGGAGGAGCUGCUCAGGUACCGCUCGCUCUAUGGUGACCUGGAUGCUGCCCUGUCAGCUGAAGAACUGGCAGAUGCCCCGCAUUCCAGGGAGACUGAACUGAAGGUGCACCUGAAGCUGGUGGAGGAGGAGGCCAACCUGCUGAGCCGCCGCAUUGUGGAACUGGAGGUGGAGAACCGGGGCCUGCGGGCUGAGAUGGAUGACAUGAAGGACCACAGCAGUGGUUGUGGGGGCCCUGAGGCUCGCCUGGCUUUCAAUGCACUGGGUGGCAGUGAGUGUGGUGAGAGCCUGGUGGAGCUGCGGAGACACCUGCAGUUUGUGGAGGAGGAGGCCGAGCUGCUGCGGCGCUCCUCUGCUGAGCUCGAGGACCAGAACAAGCUGCUGCUGAAUGAGCUGGCCAAGUACCGCUCUGAGCAUGAGCUGGACGUGACCCUGUCAGAGGACAGCUGCUCGGUACUCAGUGAACCCUCACAGGAGGAGCUGGCAGCGGCCAAGCUACAGAUCGGUGAGCUCAGUGGGAAGGUCAAGAAGCUGCAGUAUGAGAACCGUGUGCUGCUCUCCAACCUCCAGCGCUGUGACCUCGCCUCCUGCCAGAACAUGCGCCCCAUGCUGGAAACAGAUGCCGAGGCUGGGGACUCUGCACAGUGUGUGCCCGCUCCCCUUGGUGAGGCCCAUGAGCCCCAUUCUGCCCGGCUCUGCAGGGCCCGGGAGGCCGAGGCGCUGCCAGGGCUGAGGGAGCAGGCCAUCCUGGUCAGUAAGGCCAUAGACGUCCUGGUGGCUGACGCCAACGGCUUCUCAGCAGGCCUCCGACUGUGUCUGGACAAUGAGUGUGCCGACUUUCGGCUGCAUGAGGCCCCUGACAAUAGUGAGGGCGCCAGGGACAGCAAGCUCAUCCAUGCCAUCCUGGUACGGCUGAGUGUGCUCCAGCAGGAGCUGAAUGCCUUUACACGGAAAGCAGACUUGGUCCUCACAAGCUCAGGCAAGGAGCAGCCAGAGCCCUUCUCGCAACUGCCUGCCUUGGGCUCCCAGGGGCCAUCCAAGGAGAUCAUUCUGGCCAAAGAUCUUGGCUCAGACUUCCAGCCACCUGACUUCAGGGACCUGCCAGAAUGGGAGCCCAGAAUCCGAGAGGCCUUCCGCACUGGUGACUUGGACUCGAAGCCUGACUCCAGUUGGAGCUUCAGGCCUUACCGAGCUGAAGACAAUGAUUCCUAUGCUUCCGAGAUCAAGGAGCUGCAGCUGGUGCUAGCCGAGGCCCAUGACAGCCUCCGGGGCUUGCAGGAGCAACUCUCCCAGGAGCGACAGCUACGGAAAGAAGAGGCUGACAGCUUCAACCAGAAAAUGGUCCAGCUGAAGGAGGACCAGCAGAGGGCGCUGCUGAGGCGGGAGUUUGAGCUGCAGAGUCUGAGCCUCCAGCGGAGGCUGGAGCAGAAGUUCUGGAGCCAGGAGAAGAACAUGCUGGUACAGGAGUCCCAGCAGUUCAAGCACAACUUCCUGCUGCUCUUCAUGAAACUCAGGUGGUUCCUGAAGCGCUGGCGGCAGGGCAAGGUUUUGCCCGAUGAUGGGGAUGACUUCCUGGAGGUAAACAGCAUGAAGGAGCUGUACCUGCUGAUGGAGGAAGAAGAACUGAAUGCCCAGCACUCUGACAACAAGUCUUGCACAGGGGACAGCUGGACUCAAAACACACCCAAUGAGUACGUCAAGACCCUGGCCGACAUGAAGGUAACGCUGAAGGAGCUGUGCCGGCUGCUGCGGGAGGAGCACCAGGGGCUGACCGAGCUGCAGCAACAAUUUGCCAAGGCCAAGGCCACGUGGGAGACGGAGCGGGCGGAGCUCAAGAGCCAUACCGCGCAGAUGGACCUGAAGGCUGGGAAGGGGACCGGAGAGCGGGCUGGGCCUGACUGGAAGGCGGCCCUCCAGAGAGAGCGUGAGGAACAGCAGCACCUCCUGGCUGAGUCCUACAGCGCAGUCAUGGAGCUGACUCGGCAGCUGCAGAUCAGCGAGCGCAACUGGAGCCAGGAGAAGCUGCAGCUGGUGGAGCGGCUACAGGGGGAGAAACAGCAGGCAGAGCAGCAGGUGAAGGAGCUGCAGAACCGCCUAAGCCAGCUGCAGAAGGCUGCUGACCCCUGGGUCCUGAAGCACUCAGACCUGGAGAAGCAGGACAACAGCUGGAAAGAGACGAGAAGUGAGAAGAUCCACGACAAGGAGGCUGUUUCCGAAGCUGAGCUUGGGGGAAGCAGCUUAAAGAGGACCAAAUCUGUCUCCUCUAUGUCUGAGUUUGAAAGUUUGCUCGACUGCUCCCCUUACCUCACUGGUGCAGAUGCCCGGGGCAAGAAGCUACCCAGCAGCCCUGCCUUUACCUUUGUGAAUCCUGAGCCAAUGGAUCCAGAGAAAGAAGCCAAGGAAAAGCCAGGGCUGUCCUCACAGGACUGCAACCACUUGGGAAGCCUGGCCUGUCAGGACCCCGCUGGGAGGCAGAUGCAGCGCAGCUACACAGCUCCAGACAAGACAGGCAUCCGAGUCUACUACAGCCCCCCAGUGGCCCGGCGCCUGGGUGUGCCUGUGGUCCAUGACAAGGAGGGCAAGAUCCUCAUUGAGCCCGGCUUCCUCUUCACCACAGCCAAGCCCAAAGAGUCAGCCGAGGCUGAUGGGCUAGCUGACAGCUCCUACGGCCACUGGCUCUGCAACUUCUCCCGGCAGCGCCUGGAUGGGGGUUCCGGGAGCAGCACAUCGGCUCCUGGGUCUGCCUUCCCUACCACCCUGCAUGACUUUGAGAUGUCGGGCAACAUGAGUGACGACAUGAAGGAGAUCACCAACUGUGUGCGGCAGGCCAUGCGCUCCAGCUCACUGGAGAGGAAAGUGAAGAGCGCGUCCAGCCAGACGGUGGGCCUGGCCAGCGUGAGCACGCAGACCAUCCGCACGGUCAGUGUGGGCCUGCAGACGGACCCACCACGCAGCAGCCUCCACGGCAAGAGCUGGUCACCCCGCAGUUCUUCACUCAUGUCCGUGCGCAGCAAGCAGAUCUCCUCCUCCCUGGACAAGGUCCAUUCACGCAUCGAGCGACCAUGCUGCUCACCCAAGUAUGGCUCACCGAAGCUCCAGAGGCGGUCUGUGUCCAAGCUGGACAGCACCAAGGACCGAAGCCUGUGGAACCUGCACCAGGGCAAGCAGAACGGCUCGGCCUGGGCCCGCUCCACCACUACACGGGACAGCCCCGUGCUGCGGAACAUCAACGACGGGCUGUCCAGCCUCUUCAGCGUGGUGGAGCAUUCAGGGAGCACGGAAUCUGUCUGGAAACUGGGCAUGUCUGAAGCCCGGGCCAAGCCUGAGCCUCCCAAAUACGGCCUUGUGCAGGAGUUCUUCCGUAAUGUGUGUGGCCGGGCACCAAGCCCCACCUCGGUAGCAGGGGAAGAGAGCUCCAAGAAGCCAGAGCCCCUCUCUCCAGCCAGCUACCAUCAGCCAGAGGGUGUGGCUAGGAUCCUGAACAAGAAAGCAGCCAAAGCAGGUGGUGUCGAGGAGGCCAGGGCCACCAUGCUCCCUCAGGUGGGGAAGGAUGGUGUCCCACGGGACGGAGAUGGAGCUUCCGUCCUUCCCAAUGAGGAUGCUGUUUGUGACUGUAGCAGCGCCCAGUCUCUAGCCACCUGCUUCACCCGGCCAUCCCGCUCUGCCGUCCGCCACUCUCCUUCCAAGUGUAGGCUGCACCCUUCUGAAUCUGGCUGGGGAGGGGAGGAGAGGGCAGCCCCCCCCAGCGAGUGACAGAAUACCCAAGUCUCCACCUCAGCUCGCCCGGUCCCUGGAUGGCAAGAGGGAACAGCGGAGAGGAGGUGAGGGGCCGUUCCCUCAGCAACGCGGCUCCCUGGAGGGACAGCAGCUGUGCCACUGCCAGCAAAGAGCUUUCAUAUCAAGGUAAAGCAGGGUCUCAUGCUGACCACUGAGUAGUGAUCUGUGAUUUCCGGGGAAGACAGUAAGCGGGACAAAGACCACAGCUGGGCCUUGGAAGCUUCUACAGAGAGCUCAUCAGGACUGACGGGUCCCGGGGUCCUAAAGGAGCCCUUUGUCUGCCUCCACUCACACCCCCUCCUUGGAAAAGUCCAGGAAGGAAUACACCUCCAGCCAUGCCUGUGGGGAAAGGGGAUCACAGAGAUGUUCCCUGCUGACUGCACCUUUCCCUGGGAAGGAGAUGUCACUGAGAAGAACUGGCUUUGCCCGUGGACCCAUCUUGGUGGUCCUGGCAGAGCAGGGCUGGAUAUCACCACCAGAGUCUCCACCACCUUCUCUCCCUGUACCUGCUGCACCAGAUUGCUGGGACUCUACGGGGUAUGAGAGGGCAGUAGUUAGGGCCACGUAUCUAAUUGGAAUCCUAGAGCCCUGGAUCUCCCUGCCCAUACCUGAAUACAGCCCAGACUGGGAGAUAAGGUGGGGAUGUGUAGGAAAUUGCCUCCCUUGCCAAGGUGACUUGGGGGAACCCAACCUUCUCAGGAGACUCGGUGAGGCCAGAAAUAGGUAGACUCAAUCUCAAGACCUGGUGCAUCGAUAAAUGCCUACAUGCCCAUGCCUAGAUCUCUGGGGCCUCUUUCUCCAGUGCCCUGAAAGGGCACCACAUCUCCACUGUGUUUACAUCCUGCAGCUGGUGGAGGGCAGAGAUACACCCAAUACAAGACUCCCAGUUGGUCAGGCCAGGCCAAGAACUCCAAAAAGUCAGUGUCCCAGGACACGGUAGUAGACUGGGGCAUGGAAACACAUGUCUUGCCUAGAUUGUUUAUUUGAAUUUUUCAUACUAUAAAUAUUUAAGGUCGUUUACUUUAUUUUAAUAAUUUAAUUUAUCCAAAAGCCCCUAAGGUAAUUUAUUGGAGGUUAAGACCUGUAUUCUUGCCACUGGGACGAUGUGGGGCUUCUAACCUCAUGCACAGGCAUGGGACCCCCCUGCCAUGUGGAUGAGGUAGCUUAGCUGCGAAGUUCUGGUCUCCUGGUCAGUUUGGAGGGCCCCUCGCCAUAGCUGGGACCUGCAGCUUGCUCCUCACCCACUGACCAUUCAGCCUCAGCGUACCCCUUUCACUCGUACCUGGUACUUGCCUGGCCUCCGGAGGUCCGUGUGUAAAUAACGCUGGACGGGGUGGUGGGCCAGACUGACAUCACCGCUCCCCAGACAUCCUCCGUUUCCCUUCUUCUUUUCCUUGCUUCUCUGACACCUUUCUCAAUGAGUCAAACUCGGAUUACCCCAGCUCCAACAAGCGCGUGGAGAUCCCUCCCAGUUCCCUAAGUGAGAACGUGCAGGAAAAGAGGAUGAGCUUCGAGAAUGUUGUUUAUUGCAGCUUUGCACACGGAUCUGAGAGUGUCUGCCAGCCCGCCAGCCUUUUCACCAGCCUGUCUCCUUAGCCUUAUGGCCUCUUUGGCUUCUCCCAGCCCCAGCUCCCACUGCCUUCCCUCUCACACCCGUGGGAGCCACCAGUGCCAUCUGAUGGAUUGAAUUGUGGCUCACUGCAGUACAGUGAGGAGGGCCUCACAUGCCCUCUUCCUUGGUGCCGGUGAACCCAUCUUGGUUGCACACAUGUCCACCUUCCCUCUGCCAACACACAGUUGUGCAAUCCUCCUGCCACUGCUGAGAACCAAGGGUCACAUCCCAGAAUGAGUAGGCUUGUCUGCAGAAUUUCCCAUCAGAAUGGCUACAAGCAAGCAGCUUUGCUAGUUUGUCCCCGGGAUGCAGAAGACAGCUUGCACUCCCACCUGCCAGUUCCCAGUGUACCCUUUCGGGGGCAUCUGGACAGAUACCCAGAAUCUCUUAUCCCCAUUCCCUAUGGGCGGCAUGUCAGCCCCACCAGCUGCUCCCUCACUCUUGUAACUUGUACAGACAGAGCAGGUGGCCAGUGGAGCUGUGGGCCAGGGCCCCUCUACAUCCGUCUCCAAGUGAGGGGCUUCACACAGCUCACAAACCACAAGAGGCCUUCUGCCACCUCCCAGAGCUGCAGAAGGCCGGGGAGGCUGCACUCUCAGCCUUGGGGGAAAGUCCCCGUGAGACCCAAACCCCAAAGCUCACAGGCCACUCAGCCUUACCAUCGUCCUCAUCUGAGGUUGUCAUGCUGUCUCUGUCGUCACCGCAUCUAGCCCCAAUGGGUGUUGGAGUUGUAGGUCUUGGUUUUCAGUGAAGUCCCAGUUUCUCCUCCUUGGCAUGCCACUGUGCAAGGCCACUUGUCACUGUUCCUACAGAAGCCUCUGGACGUGGGGUUUGAUGGGAUUUUGAAAAUGUUAUUUGUAAAUAUUGGUUUGGUUUAAUUUUUUAGCAUUUUACUUGGUAACUCGUUGUGUUUUCUUUCUUGGAGUGGGAGGGUUGGUUUGUAAAAACUCUCUACUCUUCUGCAAUGUGAUUUCUAAGUUGGUUUUUUCAAAUGCCUUUUACAUCUUGGUAACAUUCCCAAAGCAGAAACUGCCUGACCCACCGUCGGGACUCCCCUAGAGGACUGGGGGUCCCAAGAUGGAAUGCUGCCCUUCUCCUUCCUACUCGUCUCUACCUUUUUACUUCUACCCCUUCCACCUUCUCUUCUCCUAAUCUUCUUCUUCCUUUGUCCUAUCUCCCUCUUCAACCAAAGUCCCAAGGAACCCUGGGGUCCCAGUCCCCUACAGACUGCUUGCCUUGGGUGUAUGGGUUGGCACCAGCUGGUUGGGGGAAAAGGUGUACCAUUUCCACAGCUGACCCUACACUAAAUGACUUCCCAUUUCUUACAUCUGGCCUCUUCCCAGAGCCUAAUCAAACCCCCCUGCAAUGGUGUCUGUAUUUGAAAUGAAAAUCACAGUUGGUGCGUCAGUGAUGCUAAGGCCUGGACACACAAGGCAUCAGAAUCCAGUUCCUGUCUCCUGCCCAUUUCCCCCUUCUCCUGGUCCUUCAACAAAGGCAAGAGAACUGUGCUUUAUGAACUCAAAAUGGGCCCCAUCCCUUGGCCUCCCUCGGGAUGCUCUUCUACCAGCUAUCCUCCGGGUCACAAAGCUGAAGGCUCAAAGACUUGACCCUAAUCUUACACUUGGAUGUCAAUUCAGCUCCAUUAUGCCCCCUUCCGUAUACCUGUCAUGGACUUAUCCCCUAGCUUCUGUUGCACAUUUAACAUCCAGACUUCCUCUCCAUGCCCAUCCAGGAUGUUCCCCCUUCCAGCCUCAGCAGCCUCUAAACUCCCACUACCUCUUCUUUAAAAAUAAUAAUAAUCCUCUGUACAUCUUGCCCUGUGCAUUUUUUUUUUUUUUU